UACGCCAUAUUUUAUUAAUUUCUGUAUAUGUAUCUACUCUAGUAAAUUAUCAGUGAGGCAAAGCAAAGUUCUGGCGAAGUUGAACAUUCUUCUUCAUUUUAAUACGACUUUAUGGCUGAAUCAUUACGAAGUCAAUUUGAGGAACAUUUGAGAUGUGCUAUUUGUUUAGAGCAGUUGAAAGACCCAAAAGUCUUGCCUUGUUUACAUUCUUAUUGUCAUGACUGUAUUGCAAAACUUGAUAUGAAAGAUGGUGUGUUAAAUUGCCCAGAAUGUCGAACAACAGUUGAGGUUCCCAACCCCCCGGACGUCUCAUUCUUGCCUACGAAUUUUUUUGCGAAAAACCUUCUCGCAACUGUGUUGUUGGCUGCGGAAUCCAAUUCGGGAGAUAUUAUCUGUGAAAAUUGUGAUAGUAAAGAGCUGCCAGAAACUAGAUGUCGACAAUGCACACGAUAUCUUUGCAAAUUUUGCACUGAAGCACACAAACGAUUUCGGGACACAAAAAAUCACACUUUGAGCACAUUGGACGAGUUAAAAGAUAGCAAAAUACCCGUGAUCACCGAAACUGAUCGAUGUCCUAAGCAUGAAGACGAAGUUCUCAAGCUUUACUGCAACACAUGCCAAGAAACAAUAUGUCGGGAUUGUAUUAUUAUAGAUCACCAUCAACAUGAUUUCGUGUUUGCCCGAGACGUGUUUCAAAAAAAGAAGGACGAAUUGUUUGAGUUGGUUGGGGAGGUAAACGUGAAAAAGAGCGAGUUUGGGGACAACUUGGCUUAUCUUAAAGAAGUGGAAAACAACUUUCAUGAAGGCAAAGUCAACUCAGUAAAAAAAAUCCAUGAAUAUUUCGAGGGCUUGGGUGAUGUUCUUGAGAAAGAGAAAAAUAAAUAUUUGGAGGAAGCCGAGAUCCUCAACGUUGGCAAGAUAAAGCAACUUCAUGUUAAACAAGAAGAAUUAGAAUUGAAUAUUGCAAGCUGUGAGAGCGCUGUUGAAUUCACCCAGCGAGCUUUUAGCAAUGGAAAUGAUGUGCAAAUUUUGAAUUUAACAAAGUACAUGACACAGUGUUUAGAAAAUUUAAAGAAUGGAAAUGCUGAUCAGAGGUCAUGUACUGGAGAAAAAAUAGAGGUGAAUGAAUACUCGGAUCUCUAUGAUCGAAUGGUGCAAUUUCGUUUGAUUGAUUUUAAUGAUGACAGCCCAGAUAACUUCAUCGCCACCCUCACUUCACCUUUGACAGUUUCAGAGAAAGCAGAAGUAGUGAUAAAGAGGAAAGAUCCCAAUAAUUCAAUUGUGAAUAAUAGUAAAAUUGCGAUGAUACCAUGUUUUCAAGAUAUCGCAGUAAAAGAUGUUUCCAUUGAAGAUCGUGACGAUGGGUCACGUGCUGUACGUUUUACUCCACUGCAAUGUGGAACAUUAACAUUAGUAACGUAUAUGAAUGGUUCAUCCCAGGCUUGCCUCACGGCCACAGCAAUGGUUCAUGACAAAAUUGCCUCUAUCCGUAGCGAUUUUAUGCGGGAGUAUUUCGGCAAUAGACGCGACAGGAGACAGGAGCCUAGUGACGAUAGACAGGAGAUUAGAAGAUUUAAAGGUAGAGGAAGCGAUAGACGCCGAUAAAGAUUUUAGAUUUCAAGAAACGAAUCAUAGUAAAAUUCCCUUGUGUGAUAACAUUGUGCACUUUUUGACCUACAAAUGAAGUCUUCGGACUUUAAUGAAUUCCGACGUCUACACAUACUGCAUGGUAAAUUGCGCACAUCGCAAGUUUCACCCCCCAUAUAGUCAAUUCAAGACAUCUUAGAUAAGUUCUUGUGUAUACAUAUAAGUUCGCCUUGACGCAUCAUCCGUCUAUUAGGGUUGCUUUCCACUGUCGCGUUUUAACACGUACGUACACACACGUAAAAGUUUUUAAUUAUGCUUUUAAUUUUUUAUUAUUUAACAUCUAGGUCAACUAAUGCAUUCUAAAAUGCGUAAAAAACUAAGUUCUACUUAUUACUACAAAGAUUUAUUCACUUCGUUUUUUUAAAGAUAACUUAUAUAAGAAUUUAGACUUUGACGUGCGUAUGAAAAACGCGACAGUGCAUGGAAAACAGUCCUUGUAUACGGGGUGGGUACGAACAACAAAAUUUUCAUCAUAAAACGGCUCUUGUACACUCUUUUUACCACAUAAAUAAUUUCCCAAUUCCAGUGCAAUUUCUCAACGUGUGAUAUAUAAUACUGUAGAUCGUCUAGAUCGUGUGUUUAUACUCCAGACGGAUCAUCCGUCUCUAGUAUAAUUCGGGCCAAUGUCUGUUGCAUGCACUCAACAAGUAAAGUACUACAAUCUCAAGCUUCACGAAGAAAAUCAAGGUCUUCUUUGCAGUUAAUACAAUAGGAAAAUGCCAUAUUAUAAUUGAAAAAGUUGCUGUACAUGAUUUCUCUUCUGACUGUUAGUGUUGAGAAACAAGAUUAGUGACCAUGCAGUUGGGUCACUUGGGUGUACUUUUGAAUCCCUAGUUACUAAUGUAUUGUCUUUCUUUUUUAUCCUCGUUCGUUUUUUUAAAUCUUGUAAGUUGUAGCUUAAUAAUAUUUGUAACAUACUCGUAAAAUAGUUUAAAUGAAUCUCAAGAUAUCAGCGAUAGGCAAAUACUUAUUUUAGAUAGUUAAAUUUUCGGCUUCUUAUUUCCUCGUGGACUCUAGAUUUUUAGAAAAAUCUACUCUGUCUCGAGUUGUAAUUUUUGUAAUAACUAAAGAUUGUUUUCUUAUCGUUCGAAGUUGUUAAAUGGUUGCAAAUAAAAUGUUUAUCAUGCUCUCAAUUCCCAUCUCCCAGGCUAUCUCUUCAUUAAUGCUUACUACGUUACUGCAUUGAGUUAAUUGGAAAAAGAAAAUGUCGAGCCAAAGUCGAACCAAGAAUAUAAAGUUUACUUGGUUUAAACC